UUUGGCCGAGUGAGAGAACAGAGAGAACCUGAGGUUAAGAAAGACACCACUUUCUUAUCUUCGUGCCUGCAACUUUCAACAUUUAUCUAAUUCAUAUCAUAACACCUUUAACUAAUACUACUAGCAUUAAACAUGAUCAAUUAAACUAUACACUAUAUUAUUAUUAAUACAAUUUUCAUUAAUUUUAUUAAUUUAUUAGAUAAUUAGAUAACAAUAAUAAUAAUUAGGAGUUGAAUAGAGAACGCUACGGCACUGUGUUUCUACGCAACGUUUUUUCUCCAAUGGCGUCUCUCUUCCAAUGCUACCAUACCCAUCUCCCCCUUUUUCGUCUCCGCUUCUCCUUACAUAGUGAUCCAUAAUUCAGGUUUUGCUUGGUGCCGAUGGGAUUCUUUUUCACUGGUGGUGAUCACUAAGGUGAUGCUGUGAGAAGUAUAUGAUUUGGUCUUUACCUCGUGUGUUAGUGGAGUUUGCUAUUUGAAGAGAGAGGUUUAUGAGUUUGACAAGUGUUGGAUUUGUUUCGUUUGUGGUAAAGAUAUGUUCUUGGGUGGAGGGGGAAUUUAAUUAGGAAUUGAAUCUUUUUCCCCUCUGGGUAGGAUGGAUUUGCAUAAUAAUGUGCAGCCUGAAUUGGGCAAAUUGGAGCAAAUUGUUUAUCAAUUUCUUUUGAAGUGCUUGCACAUCAUUUUGGACUCAAGGGUACCUUUGUUACGCCCGCAUGAUAGAAGUGGUGACUUGUCGAUGGGUUCUCGCGUGAAGAGGAGUGACAAGUGGUUUAACUUGGCAUUAGGUGAUAGGCCUUCUGCUCUGGAUAACUUGCACUUCUGGCACAGGAAUUUGAUGGAUCCAAUGAUAAUUGACAUUAUACUUGUUCAUGAAGAGGCUGGUUCUUCUGUUGAGACGGUUAUAGAGAGGUGGGUUGUUCAGUAUGAUUGUCCCCGUGUAGUGGCUCCUCAAACUGGUGACAUUACUAGCUCUUACAAGAAGACAUACCAGAAGUCAAUAGUGCUUUUCCGUGCUCUUUAUUCUCAAAUGAGGCUUCUCCCGGCUUAUAAGAUAUUUAAGCAGUUAAGCACAUCUAGUCAUAAUUGUAAUUUUGAUAUUAUUUACAAGGUCUCUUCCUUUAGUGAUCCAUUCUCUCGAGCAGAAGGGGGAAUGAUGGAAGAAUAUAAUUUCAUUCCUGUUGAGGCCCUACCGGGCCGCCUUUGUAUAUCUGUGACCUACCGUACUGCACUAUCUGAUUUCAACCUAGAGUGUUCAGCUUCAUUGCCAACAAAAAUAAUUACUGAUUAUGUUGGAAGCCCCAAUACUGACCCUUUGAGGUCUUUCCCUGUCUUGGAUAAGGGUGUUAGUGCUACCUCCUUUCCACUGAGAAGGAAAGAACCUCCAUCUUCUGUGCCACUUGAUCGUCCUCAUAGCUGGACAUCUGGCUUCCAUAAAGCAGCACCUUUUGUACAGAAUCAUCCUUAUGUUGGCUCCCCGCCAGUGUAUCGAGGUUCUCCCAGGCCAUAUGAUUAUCCAUCCCCACCUACUGAUAGUUACGGCGUCAGAUUGCACAACUAUCGAAUGCAGAAUCGGCAAGGAUCUCCAAGUUACGAUGAGUAUCAACUUUCUCCUCCAUUUUCACCCUCACCAUCUCCAUCGCCUCCUACAUACUUCUGUGGUGGCAAUCCAAUGCAAACUCGCAUACGUUCUGAGACAGCCCCUGUAACUAUACCUCAUUCAGUAAUGGGCAAAAGCUCUAGAAAUCUUUCUCCUAAUUUUUCAGAUCCUAGUCGAAAUUCUCUGCCCCCUUUAUCCCCCAGAAGGACUGAUGGUUCAUCACAAGAGUCUCCAUCUGGAAUCAGGUCAUUCAAGAAAUUAGAAGCUUCAAGGACUGGUCAAAAGUUUGUCAGAGAUAGCAAGGAAGAUUCAGGGAGGUUCUCAGGAUUGUUAUCCUCAAGUGGCUCACCUCACAUUGGAUUUUCUAGAACCUCAAGUAGAUUAUCAUUUCAGGAUGAGUUGGAUGAUGGCGACUUUUCAUGUCCUUUUGAUGUUGAUGAUGUUGAUCCAUCAGAUGCUCAAUCCAGUCAGAAUGCGGAUCGGAAGAGUGCUGCAGAGAUCACUUCAACAUCACUGCCAAUGGGGAAAAAAUCACAAGAUGCUGAAGUUGGUGUUCUUGUGCACAUGCUCAGGACAGCGCCUCCAUUGCGCCAAGAUCCAAGUUGUUAUUCAUCCCAUUCACCAAAGGCUGAACUUGAGGGAGGAGUUGCCACUGCUUCUGGAUUCUUCAUGCCUCGAAAGACAGCGGAUGCACUUGAAGAACUCAGGGGUUACAAAGAGAUGAGAGACCUUCUUCUUUCCAAGAGUGGCACUAGGAUCCUGAACAAACAUAAAGCUUAAGCAUUCUAAAAUAGUUGAGGGAGGUGAUGCUGACUAAAGAGUGUUACUAAUUAAUUACAGUUAUACACAACAAGCACUUCUUUUGGGAAGAAGAAAGAUCCAAUGGAUUUGUGUACAUAUCCUGACUGAAUGUUGGUUGGCUAGAAACACCAUUUUUAUAAUGACCAAAAUUAUGCUAAUUUGCUCUCAAUCUUUAUAGACAUUGUAGUUAUGAAAUGAGGAACUUGCAUGCCUAGUUGUUAUUUGGCAAUGACAAAGGUGGGAAAAAAGAAUGUUGCUGGUGUUUUGAAAGAAAGGUUGUUGAAUUUCUUUGUAAAGAUGCAUGCAGGCAAAUACUGCUUGAAAUGUAUAUUGGCUUCUUUAAGAUAAUCAGUCACUGAUUAUUUGUUUAUAUUGGCUGAUUAGUAUCUUGAAA